CGAAGUUCGUUUAUUUCAAUUUUAUCGAAACAUUCAUAGGGAUGAACCAACUGCAGAGAAGCUAGUGAACGCAUGCUCACAAACGGUUCCGGUUACACGAGAUUGAUACAACGAGGUACAAGAGCAGUCUACAUGCUGGGCAGGACCCACUUCGUCGGGAGGGAUAACCGGCUGUGUGACGUCACUGGCUAACAGAGCACGAAUAUCUAUAACGUACAGGCUGUUUAUCGGGUCGACGUUAUGUCGAAUUGAUCAGAUGGAAACUUGAAGAUUCCACGAAGAAUCAUGCCGAGGAGACGAAUUACUAUAGUUUAUCUAUCGUGGAAUUGUUUGUUAACUUUAGCUUGUUAUAAAUAUCCCUCAGAUAUGAAAGACCCGUGCCAGGAGAAGGAGUGCAACUAUGGAGCCCAGUGUAGACCAUCUCUAGAUGGUAGGACUGCAGAGUGCGUGUGUCCUGCCAAAUGUGCCACUUAUGGUGACAGUCGUGGUUCUAGACCGGUUUGUGGUACCGAUGGUAAAGAUUAUCCAAAUGUCUGCGAAUUGAGAAGAACUGCUUGCAGAGAAAUGCGAAAUGUUCAAGUGAAAUUUCAAGGAAAAUGCGAUCCGUGCGAAGGAGUAGAGUGUCCCGCAUCUCAGGUGUGUCAAUUAGACGAAAACAGAAAUCCCAUCUGUCGUUGCAAUGCUAUCUGUUCACCAGAUUUCAGACCAGUUUGUGGUUCUGAUGGAAAGACUUAUACUAAUGAGUGUUCACUUAGAGUAGAAGCCUGCAAAUCACGAAGAAGUCUAAGGAUCAUAUACACUGGCGAAUGUAGUUCAGCAUUCCGUUUAUUGAACCAAGGUGCCAAUCCGUGUGAGAAUCUGCAAUGUGGACCAGGACAGGAAUGUGACAUAGACAGGUAUGGCAUUGCCACCUGUCAGUGCCCCGGAGCGUGCGAACCAGUCAUGAGACCCGUCUGUGGCACCGAUGAUAGAACCUACGAUAGCCAAUGCGAAUUGAGAAGACAAUCGUGCGUCAUGCAACAACCCGUUUCUAUGGAUUACAGAGGAGUGUGUGGUGAGGACGGUGCUUGUCAGAAGCACAUUUGCGAUUUUGGAGCCGUGUGUACAAUACAGUCGGGUCGAGCCGAGUGCGAGUGUCCUUCUUGUUCGGAAGAAUUUCAACCCGUGUGUGGCACCGAUGGCAUCUCUUAUACUAACGAAUGUAAACUAAGAAAAGAAGCGUGCGAACAAAGAAAGGAUAUUAAAAUUGCUUACAGCGGCUUGUGUAGUGGAUGUGAAAACAAACACUGCGAAUUCUAUGCAGUUUGUGAGAGUGGAGGUCAUGGAGAAGCCAAGUGUGUUUGUCCUCAUUCGUGCAUAAAGGUAGAAUCACACGUCUGUGGAACUGAUGGUGUUACUUACAAUAGUGAAUGCGAAAUGAGGGUUUCUGCUUGCAAAAAGAAACAAUAUGUCAUGGUAGCUUCCAAGGGAAUUUGCGACUUAUGUUUAAAUGUCCAUUGUAAAUACGGUGCCAGAUGCGAAAAUGGUCACUGCAUAUGUCCUACUGAAUGUCCAAAUUCCUACGAACCAGUCUGUGCCAACGAUAGCACCACAUACAACAACGAAUGCGAAAUGAAACGUGCAUCUUGCCAAAUAACUCAGGAACUCACUGCCCUAUUCUAUGGAGAAUGCGAAGAUGCUAGAGAAACGGAUGUAGACAUUUUAGGUCCUUCUAGCCAGAAAUGUGAUAAGGUUUGUCAGUUUGGAGGACUAUGCGAUUACGAUUCGGAUGGUCUGCCGUACUGUGCUUGUCAUUUCCAAUGCCCUUCUUUGAGAGAACCUAUCUGUGGUUCUGAUGGAAGAUUGUAUGACAACGACUGUAAACUAAGAGAGGAAGCGUGUAGACAACAGCACAAGAUAAUCCUUGUUUCGUUAGAAAAAUGCGGAGGUGACCACAAGGAAUAUUGUAUCUGUGCAGACGUCUUGACUGUGCCUUGCGAAGGAGAACCUCCUCUUCUUGAUCCUCUAACUGGUAAAGAGUAUUACUGUGGAGACGGUCCUGGCGGGAAAAGAUGUCCUCCUAAUAGUUUUUGUCACAAAUCAGCAAAUUUCGCGACCUGCUGCAGGGAAAUAAUUUCGAUAGAAAAUUGUGCAGAAACGACUUACGGCUGUUGUCCUGAUGGAAAAACUAUAGCUCAGGGUGUUCAAAAUGCUGGUUGUCCUAGUAUAUGUAAUUGCAACAGGCUGGGUUCUUAUGAUCAAAGUUGUGAUCCUGUAACUAAACAAUGCCCUUGCAAACCAGGAGUGGGUGGUCUUCGUUGUGAUAGAUGCGAGCCUGGAUUUUGGGGUCUUCAUAAGAUUGCAGAAGGAAGCACAGGAUGCAUUCCUUGCGAGUGCAGCCUCGAUGGAUCUGUCAGAGACGACUGCGAACAGAUGACAGGAAGGUGUGUCUGUAAACACGGUAUACAAGGCAUGAAGUGUGACGUGUGUCCAUUUAAAGAAACAGUACUAGGUCCCGAAGGAUGUUCGGAUGGUAUAGUGAUAACGACUUUCUUACUAUUAUAAAAAUAACUAUUGUCUAGUACAAUAUAUAAGGAUUCGUAAAGUAUUUUUAUAUAUUUCGCUUGAAAUCCAAUUUUGAGAUUAUGGUUUCAACUUUAUAUAAAUAUAUAUAUAUAAAGUUGUAUGUAAGAUGAGAAAAGAAGAUUUUGCCAUCUCUCCUUAAGUAACUGCAUCAUAAAAUUUUCAAUUUAAAAAAAGUACAGAAAAA